AUGUCUCACGACGAGAAGAAGGCUGAUACGGCUCAGCCGUUAUCACAACCUGCCCACGCCCUCUCCUACACGGCCACCCUCCAAGAGCUCUCAGUGAACUCGGAGGAAGGUCUCACAACGGCGGACGCCAAGAACCGUCUCAGUCAGUAUGGCCCCAAUCAGCUGGAAGGCGGAGAAGGGGUCUCCCUCAUUAAGAUUGUCAUUCGACAGAUUGCCAAUGCAAUGAUGCUGGUUCUCAUCAUUGCAAUGGCAGUGAGUUUUGGUAUUCAAUCGUGGAUCGAGGGCGGUGUCAUCAGUGCCGUCAUCGCGCUCAACAUCAUUGUCGGUGUAUACCAAGACUAUGCAGCGGAAAAAACCAUGGAUUCCCUGCGCUCCUUGAGUUCCCCCACCGGUGUGGUGACUCGCGACGGCAAAACCAAUACCAUCCCGGCCACUGAGAUCGUUCCCGGAGAUAUGGUCGAGCUGAAAGUGGGCGACACAGUCCCCGCGGACCUUAGGCUCGUUGAUGCCAUGAAUUUCGAAACCGACGAAGCGCUGUUAACCGGUGAAUCCUUGCCGGUACAAAAGGAGGUCGACGCCGUGUUCGACCCGGAUACCGGCCCGGGUGAUCGCCUGAAUAUCGCUUAUAGUUCAUCGACCGUGACCCGGGGCCGCGCCCGUGGUGUGGUGGUGGGAACCGGAAUGAGGACAGAAAUUGGUGCGAUCGCGGCUGCCCUCCACGCCGGGGACUCCAAGAGACGGCCCGUCAAGCGUGGCCCCCAGGGCGAGACCAAGAAGCGCUGGUAUGUGGAGGCCUGGACCCUGACCUGCACGGAUGCCGUCGGUCGCUUCUUGGGUAUCAACGUCGGCACCCCUUUACAAAGGAAGCUGUCUAAGCUGGCCUUGCUGCUCUUCGCAAUUGCCGUGGUUUUCGCUAUCGUGGUCAUGGGUGCAAAUGAGAUGCGGAAUGAUAAGGAAGUCAUCAUCUACGCUGUGGCAACUGGCCUUGCUAUGAUUCCUGCUUGUCUAGUGGUGGUCUUGACUAUUACUAUGGCGGUAGGCACCAAGCAGAUGGUACAAAGAAAUGUCAUUGUCCGAAAGCUUGACUCCUUAGAAGCUCUCGGCGCUGUGACUAACAUUUGCUCAGACAAAACCGGAACGCUUACUCAAGGUCGCAUGGUUGCCAAAAGGGCUUGGCUCCCAUCGCUGGGUACAUACUCCGUGGGAUCCUCUAGCGAUCCGUUGAACCCCCAGGAAGGAGACUUGAGCCUGCUACCUCAACCCCCGGUUGAGCUCCAACGUGACACACAAGGAGAGCCUCGGGACCCUCAAGAUCUACUGAAGGAUAACCAGGUGCUGGAAAACUAUCUCAAUGUCGCGGCAAUGGCCAACCUCGCCCAUGUCCACAAGUCGGAGAAUGAUGAGUGGCAGGCACGUGGCGAACCCACGGAUAUCGCCAUCCAGGUGUUCGCGUCUCGCUUCAACUGGGGCCGUGAUCGCUGGACCAAGGGCGACAAGCCGGUUUGGACCCAGAAAGCCGAGUAUCCGUUCGAUUCAACCGUGAAGAAAAUGUCGGUGAUUUUCGCCCAAGGUGACCGCGAGAUGAUUUUCACCAAAGGUGCCGUCGAACGUGUGGUGGACUCUUGCACGUCAGUCAUUUGGACUGCUGGCUCUAGCCCCGUUCCCCUGGAUGGAAGCAUGAAAGAAGAGAUCCUGCAGAACAUGGAAGCUCUGGCCAAGGAAGGCCUCCGAGUGCUUUGCCUCGCUUGCCGGGAGAAUAAGACCCCCACCGACGCAGAAGCAGUUCCCCCAAGAGACGAGGUAGAGAAAGAUCUCACUUUCUGCGGUCUCAUCGGUCUUUAUGACCCCCCUCGUCCCGAAACUGCUGGAGCCAUUGAAGAGUGUUACCGCGCGGGAAUUGCUGUGCACAUGGUGACAGGUGACCACCCCGGUACAGCGCGUGCGAUUGCAGCACAGGUCGGUAUCAUCCCUGCAAACAUGGACAGCGUCGCAAAGGAUGUGGCGGAUGCAAUGGUAAUGACGGCCAGCCAGUUCGACAAAUUGACCGAGGACGAGAUUGAUGAUCUCCCUACUCUCCCAUUGGUUAUUGCUCGCUGCGCACCUCACACGAAGGUCCGCAUGAUUGAUGCGUUGCAUCGUCGUGGCCGGUACGCGGCAAUGACGGGUGACGGUGUCAACGACUCACCGUCUCUCAAGCGGGCCGAUGUUGGUAUUGCCAUGGGACAGGCAGGUUCUGAUGUGGCUAAGGAUGCCUCAGAACUGGUUCUGAUGGAUGACAAUUUCGCCUCUAUCAUCAAUGGAAUUGAAGAGGGCCGUCGUAUUUUCGAUAACAUUCAGAAAUUCGUCCUGCAUUUGUUGGCCGAAAACGUUGGACUCGCGCUCACUCUGCUCAUUGGUCUGGUCUUCAAGGAUGUCAACGGACAGUCCGUAUUUCCCAUUGCGCCCGUCGAAAUUCUCUGGAUUAUUAUGAUCACCUCCGGUCUCCCUGAUAUGGGAUUGGGAAUGGAGAUCGCGGCACCUGAUAUCAUGAACCGCCCGCCCCAGAGUAAACAAGGUAUCUUCACAUGGGAAGUCAUUGUGGACACUCUUGUAUAUGGUGUCUGGAUGGCUGCGCUGUGCUUGUCAUCCUUCUCCCUAGUGAUGUACGGAUGGGGCGAUGGCGACCUCGGAAGUGGCUGCAACACUGGCUACAACGGCAGCGACCACUAUGAUGGCAACUGUGACACGGUGUUCCGUGCUCGUGCAACAACAUUCGUUUGCAUGACCUGGUUCGCGCUCUUCCUAGCGUGGGAGCAGAUUGACAUGCGGCGCAGUUUCUUCCGGAUGCAGCCUGAUUCGAAGAGAUACUUUACCCAGUGGAUGUUUGAUGUCUGGCGCAACAAGUUCCUUUUCACCGGUAUCAUGAUCGGAUUUAUCACCACCUUCCCGAUUCUUUAUAUCCCUGUCAUCAACCAUGUGGUGUUCAAGCACACCGGCAUCUCCUGGGAAUGGGGAGUGGUGUUCGUGGAGGCGAUCCUGUUCUUCAUGGGUGUUGAGGCGUGGAAGUGGUGCAAGCGCAUCUUUUUCCGGCGCCAGGCGUACCGUCACAAGGACGAGGGCGAGAAGAAACUCCCCAACGACUUCAGCCGGUACACCACGAUGAGCCGGUCUGAUACCCAAGCAACCAGCAUAUUGAAGACCGAAAAGUCCAUGGUUUAA